UCAACGUAGAACGCGUCGAGCUAUUGGUUAGGAUGCGCAGCAGUUUCAGUCGACCAAUAGGGGAAGCUUUGUGGCUUAUAUUAUUUUACUCGCAAAAGCCUUACGUGCAGCAUCAGAGCCUUUUGUCUUUAUCGAGCUGUCUGCGUAGUAAGCAUGUCUGGCAGAGGGAAAACAGGAGGCAAAGCCCGCGCAAAGGCGAAGUCUCGCUCGUCCCGUGCCGGACUCCAGUUCCCCGUGGGUCGUGUCCACAGACUACUGCGCAAAGGCAACUAUGCGGAGCGCGUCGGUGCCGGGGCUCCGGUGUAUCUGGCGGCGGUGCUGGAGUACCUGACGGCUGAAAUCCUGGAGCUAGCGGGCAACGCAGCCAGAGACAACAAGAAGACUAGGAUCAUCCCGCGGCAUCUCCAGCUAGCAGUGCGCAACGACGAAGAACUCAACAAGCUCUUAGGAGGUGUGACCAUCGCCCAGGGAGGAGUGCUGCCCAACAUACAGGCUGUUCUCCUCCCCAAGAAGACGGAGAAGCCGGCCAAAAGCAAGUAAAGGCUUUUCCAGAGGCCCGGAUUCGGCCGACGUUUUCUUUUUUUUUGUUUGGAUAAACCACCUUUAUAUUCGGGCACUGUUUACUGGUUUGCUGUGUCUACACUGGGAAUUUCAUUCGUUUACAUUGGGACUAUUCAGUCGCCACCGGUGUGUUCAUGGCUCUGGAAAAUGGAAGCACUUUCUACGGACUGGGAAUGAGGGCCGCAGGAAUAAAUCAGUGUGUAAACACGCUCCAGUGCUGAAAGCAGAGAAAUGUUUUAGCUUUGCAGAGCUGCUACAAAACAUAAUCAAUUGUUGUAUUAUGUCUUGGUGUCUAAAUAAAUGUCCUGUAGCCUUUUGUCACACUGCA